CAUCGGUCAAGUUUUGCCGGAUGCAACGACAACAGCAUUUGAGUAUGAAGAUGAGGAUGGUGAUCGGAUUACUGUUAGAAGUGAUGAAGAAAUGAAAGCCAUGCUAUCCUAUUAUUACUCCACUGUAAUGGAACAGCAAGUAAAUGGACAGUUAAUAGAGCCUCUACAGAUAUAUCCAAGAGCCUGCAAGCCUCCUGGGAAACGGAACAUACAUGGCCUGAAGGUAAAUACGCGAGCAGGGUCUGCUAAUAAUAGCAGUUCGGCAGUCUCGGAUUCCCUUCCAAGCAAUAGCUUAAAAAAGUCUUCUGCAGAGCUGAAGAAAAUACUUGCAAAUGGUCAGAUGAAUGAACAAGACAUACGGUAUCGAGACAUCCUCGGUCAUGGCAAUGGAGGCACAGUCUACAAGGCAUAUCAUGUCCCUAGUGGAAAAAUACUAGCAGUAAAGGUCAUACCCUUAGAUAUAACACUGGAACUCCAGAAGCAGAUAAUGUCGGAGUUAGAAAUUCUUUAUAAGUGUGACUCAUCAUAUAUCAUAGGAUUUUAUGGUGCUUUUUUUGUAGAAAACAGAAUUUCAUUGUGUACAGAGUUCAUGGAUGGGGGUUCUUUGGAUGUUUAUAGAAAAAUUCCAGAACAUGUACUCGGAAGAAUAGCAGUAGCCGUUGUGAAAGGCCUUACCUAUUUAUGGAGUCUAAAGAUUUUACACAGAGAUGUGAAGCCAUCUAAUAUGUUGGUGAACACGCGAGGCCAGGUGAAGCUGUGUGACUUUGGGGUUAGCACUCAGCUGGUGAAUUCUAUAGCCAAGACGUAUGUUGGAACAAAUGCUUAUAUGGCGCCUGAGCGGAUUUCAGGAGAACAGUAUGGAAUUCAUUCGGACGUUUGGAGUCUAGGGAUUUCCUUCAUGGAGCUUGCUCUUGGGAGGUUUCCAUAUCCUCAGAUUCAGAAAAACCAGGGAUCUUUAAUGCCUCUCCAGUUAUUGCAGUGCAUUGUUGAUGAGGAAUCGCCCGUCCUUCCAGCCGGGGAGUUCUCUGAGCCAUUUGUACACUUCAUCACUCAAUGCAUGAAAAAGCAACCGAAGGAAAGGCCAGCACCUGAAGAUUUAAUGGGCCACCCAUUCAUCGUACAGUACAAUGAUGGGAAUGCAGAAGUUGUGUCCAUGUGGGUGUGCAGGAUGCUUGAGGAACGGCGAUCGACCCAAGGACCACAGUGAGCUGGACCGGCUCACAGCAAUGCGCAAGACAACAGCUCAUCCUGGACUAGCAGCACCAGCCCCACGCUUCGGACUCUCAGUCUUUCUGGAUCAUAUUUUACUAAAAAUAUUUUCUAGAAGCAUCAACAAAAUCUUUCAGGAUAUUUGUUGCUGCCUUUCCCUCACCACCACAUUAAGAAAUUUUCUUCCCACAUUUCUUUUGCUGCUCAGCAAUUUAAUGUCCUCAGAUUAUCUUCAGUUAAACUGUACACAGCCUUAAAGCAAGUAUUUUAUAUCUAUUUUUUUUGUUACUGAAUGUAUUGUAUAUUUCCUGGCUUCAGAGUAUUUUUUAACUGUUAGUCUUUUGCUAUUGUACGAAUGACAUGCUGAGUGUUCAGAGGAUUUCGUAAGGAGCUGUUGGCUGUCUUUGAGUGCAGACAUCCACAAAAUGCUGGUUUUAACUGUAAAACAAAAGCAACCAAACAAAAAGAAAAGAAGUAUCGGGACUUGCCCAUCCUGCGAGGAGGUGAGGGAUUGCCCUACCAGAGUAAAAGCACGGCAGGUAGAUCAGCAUCACACUAUCAAAUGACCGGUGGUGCCUCUCUCCGCUCCCAGGCACCUGCUGCUGUGGCUCGGGUUUGCUGGGAGGGCCACGCAGGAAAGACAACACAGCACGCUGGUGUGGCGAAGAGCGUCCACGCUGAGGCACUGCAGGCUGAUCCGUAAAUGCAGAAAGGUUUUGCUGAGGGGGAAGGACGUGAGGUGAAAGAGGGCAGCGCUCUCCUAAACAAGGGAGUAGGGGUGCCGCUGGGUGAGCACCAGCCAGAGCUGGCAGCCCCAGAGCCGUGCGUGGUCGAGAUGGGCUGUUGGCCUCUGGCUGCAAAGGGAGAGCAGCCCCGGGCACAGGGAGUUUGCAAACAGCGGCAGCACAGAGGGUGUGAGGUUCUGCCCAUGCCACACGAGGAAGCUGAGGGCCACGACACAGGCUUGCACAGCGUCCCACAAGCUUGUGGGGGGAAGAGAGCCUGCGCAGAGGGGCCCAAGCCGUGCUGUGCCACUUGCCCUCAUGACCAGAGAACAAGCUGCAGGGUUUUACUUCUUAUCACAGCAGUUUGUGGCUUGCUUGGAAGCGUCUUGCCUUUCUCAGCUCUACCUUGAUCAGUUAUUUUUUUACAUCGGAGUUGCUGCAUGAUGGGUGCAGCUGGGUCAAGCAAAGGCUCCCAGGUUUGCUGUUACUGUAAAGGAAAGAAGAACGAUUGCAAUGUCUCUGCUGUGUGUUUGUUACUCCUGCAAUUUCUGUGUAUGUUUCCACAGCAGACUGAUGCACAUUUAAUCAGUCCUUGUGUUAAGAUGUUUAUUAAAAAACAAACACAGAAGAGAGGAGGACCGUGAAAGGCAGAGUUGGUGUGUGAGACUUGGGUGGGGGAGGAGGUUGGGGCUUUUGUUUGCUUGUUUUUGCGUUAGAAAUAAAC